UUAUCGCUACAAAAGGCUGAAAAAGACAAAGAGAAAGGUGAUUCGGCUCCAGCAAAGAAAGACGACAAGAAAGAAGAUAAGAAAGAAGUCAAGGAGGAGAAGGAAAAGAAGAGUGCUAAGAAGUCAUAAUUUUACGGAAUUAUCUGCUCGUAAUCUUAAAUUAUGA